AUGUUUGCUCCGAUGAUUUUGGGCGUCAGUCUGUUCAUCGGGCUGGUCCUUGCAGACACGGGAGGCAAUUGCCCUACAAAAGGACACCAAGGUGUUCGCCUCCUGCAACAAAAUCAGCGACUGGGGAGGCAUUCGUUGGACGUCGCGCAGGCUGCGUUGCAUAGCUCUUCGUUGCUCAGCGUGCUGUCAGAACCUGUCACUUUACCUGCCGUGCAUGCAGAAGUCGCCAAGGAUGGUGCAUCGGCUGUUGUCCAUUUCGAGCAUGGCGGCCAACAUCAUAGAUACUCGCUGGACUCCUUCAGCAUCUAUAGAGUCAUAGCGCUCUGGCAGUGGCGCACACAGCGUCUGGCGAAGAGUUGCUGA